AUGGUAGAUACGAACAAUACCGAAUCUAUAGGCAAAAAAUUAGCACAGGAAGAAGAAUGGUUACAGACAUUUCAAAAGAAUAUUGCGAAAAGCGGGCAAAUUCGAAAAGGAAUUGAGGAAGUCGUCGAAAAAUUCGACCAGAGACUAAGCUCACUAGAGAAAAAUGUUCUCCCCAUGCAUAUUUCCAAUGGAAAAUUACAGAAAAAGCAGCAUAAUAUUCAACGCCUAAUAAAUACCAUUGAUGCAACUUUACAAUUCUACGGAAAAACUAGUACCGUAGAAAAUGCGAUUCGAGAUGGAAGUCCGUUGAAUGAUUUGAAUGCAUAUUUGGAGAAUAUGGAAUGUCUGCAGCAAGCCAUCAUUUUCUUUGAAAACCACCGAAAUUAUGCUAGUCAAACGGAAAAUAUGAAAAUGACCCUUGACACCGGUUUCACGAUUCUGGAGAAAGCUUACAAAUCAAGCUUACAAAAAAAUAGUGCUAAUAUUGAUCCAAUGUUUUUUAUCAAAGCUUUUGAACUGAAAGAAGAUGUUAACCAGCGACUCAAUGACUUUAAAAUUAUCAACGACGAGAAGGAGAUCAUCCGAAUCGGUGUUUGGCUUCUUCAGCAGCAGCGUGUCAAUUUCCUAGUCCAUUAUUCCGACGUGAGAGGCGCUCAACUUCUCAAGACGAUUCAGAAUAUUUCCAAAGAGCAGAAGGCGAUGUUAUUGAAUUCAAGGCAGAAACUGUCGAUGCUUCGAAAGCCGCAAAUCAAAAAUGAGAAGGUCAUUGAAUCAUCAAUGGAUGUUGAAUGCUGUCUCGUAAUGUGCGGAGCACUUCUGGCUCUGUUGGAGCUCGAGGAGAGGUUCAUGGUCAAAGCAAUUCCGGACACCACGAGAAGGGCCCAAGUUUUCCGCGAGCUCGUCUCGAAACCCCUAUCAUAUGCCAUCGCGCAUACCUCAAAAGUCAUCAGCGAAAAGGACAUCGGCAUUCUGCCGCUUCUGCCCCUUCUUCAUCUGCUUUCGCAAAAUUCGACUCGACUUCACAACCUCUCAACGAAUAGUAUGGCCGAUGCGAAUUUCGAUUCUCUCAUGAGACAAUUGCGGCUGAAAUGCGUUGCUUAUAUCAAUGAAACCGUUGAGAAUCUCAAAGAAGACACCAGCAAAUUCGUGCCUUCUGAUGGAAACGUGCACCCGACAACAGCAAAUACUCUCAACUUCCUUUCCAGUCUUACCGUACACCGAGUUACCGUAACCCAAGAGGUUUUGGCGAUAACAGCCCCAUCCGGCUCGAAUACCAAUUUACUGCUUCCAAAACUCUUUGCUCGGGUUCUCUCGGAUCUUGGAAAUAUGUUGAAGAAAAAGGCUUCUUAUUAUGACGAUCCAACUUUGGCCACGAUUUUCCUUCUCAAUAAUUAUAAUUAUAUUGCAAAGACACUUUCUGAUGAAAAGGAUGGCCUAUUGCCGGUUAUAACAGAGCAAAAUGAUAAUAUAUUGUCGUUUUAUCAUUCCGAGAUUGAGACGUGCAUCACGAAGUACAUGCAAAGCUGGAACAGUAUUGCUGGAAUUCUGCACUCUGUUCAUAAAAUUGGAGAAGACAAAGGUGCAGCGAAACAACUUAUGAGUACAUUUGUUCGAGAUUUCGACCAAAUCCUUUCACAGCAAGCGGAUUACUGUAUUUCGGAUGUCGAGAUCGCCGCAAAUGUUCGUAAUAAAGUGAAGCACGUGAUUGCGCCAAAUUACGCCAAAUUGUUGGAUAUUUGCCAAAAUUUGCACGUAUUCCCACAGGGUGUCAAAUACACGGAAAAUACGUUCGAGAUGGCAAUUCAGAACUUAUUUUCCGCGGCUAGAGUUGCUUAA